GUAUCCUAAACCCUAAUCGCCUCCUAAGCUUCAUUCAAGAUCUGCCCGCGUUGCCGCAGCUGUGUUUGUUUGUUCUAAGAGACCAUCGUCGAUCAGAGCUUCUCUCAAGUUUAUUUUAAUCCACAAUGGGUAAGGUCCACGGUUCACUUGCUCGUGCCGGUAAGGUCAGGGGUCAAACUCCCAAGGUCGCUAAACAGGACAAGAAGAAGCAGCCCCGAGGUCGCGCUCACAAGAGGAUCCAGUACAAUCGCCGUUUCGUCACCGCCGUCGUUGGCUUUGGAAAGAAGAGAGGACCUAACUCAUCUGAGAAGUAAAAUGCUUAUAAUUUGUUAAUUUUCAUGUUUUUCGAUUAGAAUUCUUCUUUAAAUGUUUCGACUUGGGAAUGUUGUAGUUUUGGUCUUUCAGUUUGCUGAACAAGAUCAAUAUAUGCAUCUCUAAGUUCUAUUAAUAAUUUUAUUAACAAAUUCCUUUACCUAUU